CCCCAGGAGCUUCCAAAUCUACCAAACCCGCCUAGGUCUGCGAAAGGCUUUUCAUUGGUUAUUGGAUUUAGGAAAUGCGUAGCACCGCCUCUCCUCCCUCUGCCACCCGCCGGAGAGACUGCUCGAAAUUGGCGGGAGCUGCCCUAAGUGGAUCCGCGGGAAUUCGGGGCGCGGGAGUAGUGCAGCCGCCACCCUCCCCGCCACGCGCUGGAUCCUCUCUAGCUAUUCCGGGAAACUUCCAGGGCAUUUUAGGCCUAGACACCAUCUCGCAGUUCGUCCUCCAAAGGCCAGAGAAUGAGCCGCUCGUAUGCCCUAGCUGUCGUGUACGCAUGCGUAGGACUGGGUUGCUGCCGUGCGUGUGACGUCACGAGCGCGCCCGUCCGAACGCUUCCUAGUUUCUCUUUUAAGAGAGCGGGUCAGUCAAUUUCCAACAGAUCUGAUAUGCCACUUGAAUUAAUAAAAGAAGUCAAUGGAGUGCCUGAAGUUGAUCUGCUAAAUAAAUUACACAAAGUAGAUAUCAGAUCCCUACAGCCAGGUUGUGAUUAUGACAAGAAAUAUAUCCAGGGAAAACUCUCACUUAUCUCUUCUUUAAUUUGUGGUGAAAACAGAAGAGCUGUUUUAAAGAUUGGACUUCAAGAACAAGAUAAUUCGAAUUCAGAGAUCAGCAAGAUCAAUAUAUUAUUUUUUGGAAGCUUAGCAAAGGACUGUGCUAAAGUUUUCUAUGAAGGGGACACCAUUGCAGUGGCUGGAUUUGUUGUUUUGUCAGCAUCUUCAUCUCCAAGCAGGGAUGGUAAACAUUGCUUAUUUUUGAAAGCAUCUGAGAACUUCAAAUCAACUGUUUAUGUUUAUGUUAAAUCUGUAAGAGAUUGUUCUACAGAAUCAAUGUCUUUGGCUCCAGCCACACAUUAUGUAUAUACACCCCUGAAUCAACUUAAAGGUGGCAUGAUUGUGAAUGUCUAUGGUGUCGUGAAGUUCUUUAAACCUCCGUACUUAAGCAGAGGAACUGAUUAUUGCUCAGUUGUAACAAUUGUGGACCAGACAAAUGUAAAGCUAACCUGCCUGUUCUUUAGUGGAAAUUAUGAAGCCCUUCCAAUGAUUUAUAAAAAUGGAGAUAUCGUUCGCUUUCACAGGCUGAAGAUCCAAGUAUAUAAAAAGGAGACUCAAGGUAUCACCAGCUCUGGCUUUGCAUCUUUGACAUUUGAGGGAACUUUGGGGGCUCCUAUCAUUCCUCGUACUGCAAGCAAGUGUUUUAACUUCACUGCUGAGGACCAGAAAAGGGUAGAAGCUUUACGUAUUUGGGCAUCGACUCAUAUUUCACCUUCUUCAAUAUUAGUCAAAUUGUGUGAUGUCCAGCCAAUGCAGUAUUUUGACCUGACUUGCCAGCUCUUGGGCAAAGCUGAAGUGGAUGGAGCAUCAUUUCUUCUAAAGGUAUGGGAUGGCACCAGGACCCCAUUCCCAUCUUGGAGAGUCUUAAUGCAGGACCUUGCUCUUGAAGGUGAUUUAAGUCGCAUCCAUCAGCUGCAGAAUCUGACAGCAGACAUUUUAGUCUAUGAUAACCAUGUUCAAGUGGCUAAAUCUCUAAAGGUUGGAAGCUUCCUUAGAAUUUAUAGCCUCCAUACCAAACUUCAGUCAGUCAGUUCAGAGAACCUGGCAACGUCUUUAGCCCUAGAGUUUCAUCUUCAUGGAGGCACAAGUUAUGGUCGGGGAAUCAGAGUCUUGCCUGAAAAUAACUCCGAUGUGGAUCAGCUGAAAAAGAUUUUAGAAUCUGCACAUUUGCCCUCCAACCAGAGUUUUGGUGGUGUAUGUCAAUCAGAGCAAGAGGACAGCUUUUCAAACAUUUCAAGCUCUGGAUCAGUAUCAUUAUAUGAAGUUGAAAGAUGUCAACAACUAUCAGCUACAAUACUUACAGAUCAUCAAUAUUUGGAGAAAACCCCACUGUGUGCUAUUUUGAAACAAAACGCUCCUCAGCAAUAUCGUAUCCGAGCAAAACUGAGAUCAUAUAAGCCCAGAAGACUCUUUCAGUCUGUCAAACUUUAUUGUCCAAAAUGUCAUUUACUGCAAGAAGUGCCACAUGAGAUUGAUUUGGAUAAGAUUUUGCAAGAGGGUACAAGCAAAACCCCAGAUACCACGCUACAAAAUACAUCCUUAUAUAAUUCAAAGGUCUGGACCACUAAAGAUCAAGGAGAACGAAAAGUAGCUAUUCAUUUUGUGAAAAAUAAUGGUAUUCUUCCACUUUCAAAUGACUGUCUAAUUUUGAUAGAAGGAGGUACACUCAGUGAAAUCUGCAAACUCUCAGACAAGUUUCAUAGUGUAAUUCCUGUAAGAUCUGGCCAUGAAGACCUGGAAGUCCUUGACCUUUCAGCUCCAUUUCUUAUACAAGGAAAAAUACAUCACUAUGGAUGUAAACACUGCUCUAGUUUGAGACCAAUAAAAAAUCUAAAUUCCCUGGUUAAUAAAACAUCAUGGAUUCCUUCUUCAGUGGCAGAAGCACUGGGCAUUGUUCCCCUCCAACAAGUGUUUGUGAUGACAUUUACUCUUGACGAUGGAACGGGAGUAUUGGAAGCUUACCUCAUGGAUUCUGAAAAUUUCUUCCAGAUUCCAGCAUCAGAAGUCUUAAACAAUGAUAAUCUUCAGCACAGUAUGGAAAUGAUUAUGGAUAUGUUUUGUCCUCCAGGAGCAAAAAUUGAGAAGCUAUUUUGUUACCCUGCCCUAACAGUUGGAAUAGGAAAUGGCAACCCACUCCAGUAUUCUUGCCUGCAAAAUUUUGUGGACAAAGGAGCUUGGGGGACUGACAGUCCACAGGGUCACAAAGAGUUGGAACCAACUGAGCUGCUGAGCACGGGCACCCUAAAAAUCCUCCCCCUGUUGGUAUUUCCAUGUGUCACCCACUGAUUUCUCUGUCAUCUAUCGUCCCGGUUGAACUGCUAAAGCAUCAGCAUUACAUCAGCCAUGUGGAUGAUUUUAGCAAGCUUAUGGGCUUAGGAAAUGUCCUCACCUUAAACCUUCAACUUUUACUGAAUGCAAGGAUUUGAUUUGUUUCAUUUUGGUACAAAGGGAUCUGCUUAAACAAGUACUCCUGGAAGAAGUGCUUUUCUGCAUGAGCUACAGUGUGCUUGGAAGAGUGAAUCGCUUUAAGUGAAAGUAGUGGAAUUGCUUUCCUCGGGUGCUGAUUAUGACCCGUUGAGGAUAACUCCAUUUUUUCAGAAUCAUGUGCUUUGAUUGCUUGUUUCUCUACAUAAUACUAGAAGUUAUUCCAUUCCUUCUCAAUCUAAUCAAGUGGUCAAAUUUGCAGUGUUCGUGGCUGACUUGUAUUAACCUUUUUGUUAGGAUCUUAUGUAAAACGUACUUCUAUUUCAGGUUGAACAUUGAGAGAAAAAUUAACUCAGUAUGAUAGUCAGCUUUUUACCUGAUGGUAUUUGUCAAAUUUAAAAUCAUGAGUAUUCAGUUUUAUACAAAUACUUGUAUAUAUUUGUAUAUAUGUACAAAUUUUUGUAUGUUAUUUGCUGACAACUGAGAGAUACAGAUCUUCCUAGUUCAGUAUUAAUAAAGAAUAAAUAAAUAUAUAAUUUCAA